GUGAUCACGUGGUUGUAACCAUCGCCGCCAUCUUGGUUGUUGUGUUCGUCUCUGGGUCCAGAUGACUUUUCCAUUGGCAUUGUUUCAACGGCUGGUCGAUCGGUUUACAAGUCCCAACGGCUGCUUAAACAAAAGCAGCUGGCCAGGACAUAUCAAGGAAUAACCAAAUAUUAAAAAGCAUCACGCCGAAGGAACCUAAAGAUAUCUAAGGGUGGUGUCCAACAAAAUAAACAGCACAGCAUACGCCAACCAACAGGUUUGCAUUUGCACCAUGUAGGAUGGACACCUGUUAAGGACACCUGUUAGCACCUGUGGCAAGUGUAUCACCUGGGAUGGAGACCCGCUGUGGAGGUCUGCUCUUCACCUCCAAGUUUGACUCAGGAAACCUCGCCCGUGUGGAGCGAUGCUGUCGUGACGAAUCAGAUGAGGGCGCGGGCCCGGGGGGCAGCCCGCUCACGCCGGACUUUGAGUUCAACGUGUGGACUAAGCCUGAUGCUGCAGGAACUCCCCAUGAAAAUGGCAACAGGUCUUGGUUCCACUUUGGAGUCAAAGGUUACCCACCAGGAAAGUUGAUCAAAAUCAACAUCAUGAACAUGAACAAGCAGGGGAAGCUGUACAGCCAAGGGAUGACGCCCCUCUACAAGACCAUCCCGCAUCAACCCAAGUGGCAGAGGAUAAGGGACAAGCCCACGUAUGAGACGGAUAAUGGCAAUUUCAUCCUGUCGUUUACGCACCGGUUUGCUGAGACUCGAGGGGGAACCACAUACUUCACAUUCUGCUACCCCUGGUCAUACACCGAGUGCCAAGAGAGACUGUCUCAACUUGAUGAAAAGUUUUCAGCCUGCAAAGACCUGGAUCCCAAAAGUACCCCGGACUGUAUCUACUACAAACGUGAGCUGGUCACCCUCUCCAUAGACAAGAACCGGAUAGAUCUCAUCACCAUCACGUCCUGCCACGGCAUGCAGGAGGAACGAGAGCCACGGCUGGACAAACUCUUCCCGGAAAAGGAUGAACCCCGCCCACACAAGUUCAAGGGCAAGAGGGUGUUUUUCCUGAGUAGCCGGGUGCACCCAGGGGAAACUCCCUCCAGCUUUGUCUUUAAUGGUUUCCUGGACUUCAUCCUCCGUGAAGAAGACCCGAGAGCACGACAGCUGCGCAAGCAGUACGUCUUCAAACUUAUACCCCUGCUCAACCCAGAUGGGGUGGCUCGAGGACACUACAGGACUGACCAGCGAGGGGUGAAUCUGAACAGGAUGUACCUCACUCCCGACCCUGUGUUACACCCUUCUGUGUUUGCUGCUAAGUCCAUCCUCAUCUACCACCAUGUCCACAACCGUGUCAUCCAGCCCACCAACUCUCCCAGACACGAAAACUCAAGAACUCAACCAAGUCCUGCCCAAGCCAAAGAUAACAGUGCCAAUGACAGAAGGACUCAAAAUGGGACAAAUGAAACCAGCACAAGUGACAAAGAAAAUCUGGAUGAAAACAGACCAUCUGUAACAGAGACUGAAGAAGUCACUCCACAGACUUCUGGUGAAAAUCUGUGCGACCAAACUCGCAAGUUAAGUAUAGCUGACCAAGAGUCUCAAUGUAGUAGUCCUGAACACGACGUGAAAGAUGGGUCCAUACAGCAAAGUUCUUCUGACAGUAGCAUGUGGACCAGCGAUAGUUCGACCAGUAUUAGUGUUACAGAGAAGGACCUGGAGUUUUACCGCUCCAUACCGCACAACGAGAGUGGAAUCGCGUUCUAUGUGGACCUCCACGGUCACGCGUCAAAGCGAGGUUGCUUCAUUUACGGGAACCACUUUGACAACGACUUUGAGGCUGUGGAAUGUAUGCUGUUUCCCAAGUUGAUCUCGCUCAACAGCGCACAUUUUGACUUUCCAGGGUGCAAUUUCACAGAGAAGAACAUGUACACCAAAGACAAGAGAGAUGGCAUGUCAAAGGAGGGAAGUGGCAGAGUGGCCAUGUACAAAACAAUAGGCAUCAUACAUAGCUAUACACUCGAGUGUAACUAUAACAUGGGCCGAAUGACCAACUGUAUUGCUGCUGCAACCAUGGACAACGGCCGUGCCACACCUCCCCCCAUGGCUGGCUUCCCUCCUAAAUACACUCCUGAACACUUUGAAGAGGUGGGAAGAGCCAUGGCCAUAGCAGCCCUGGAUAUCACUGACACAAACCCAUGGUCUCGUAUCGCUCACUCUGAGCAUACCUGUGUGUACAACCUCCGCCAAUGGAUGCACCGCUACGUCCGCAGCCUGCGUGGUGCUCCCCCCAUGCCACGUAGGAUGGCCCGCGUCACCUCGAAGACAUCGAGCAUGAUUGCCUCAGCUACCGGACACCCCCCCUCCACCACGCUGACCCGUCAGCUGUCCAACAGCGACAGCAGUAGUGUUGGAGGCAGCCCCAUCCGCGUCCCUAACCAGACUACAGCACGGAACCAGGCUCCCAACACCAGCAGGAACCCUCCCCAACCCCCCGCCAGGCGGAACCCCCCAGGACUCAGCAAACCCCUCGCUCCUGUUAAAGUCCCUCCCCAUCAACCUGCUCAAUGCCUCCCCAUGAAGCCUGUUACCAUGUACCACCAGCCACCCGGCAUGUGUAUCAAUGUACUGACAGACCCACUCCCAGUGGUCAGGCUACGAUACACCAAGACGGAACGCCUCCGACGUCAGCGCACAAUGGCCAUAACAGGAAAUACCCAGAGCUCUACCUCCCCAACAGCGACAAGCAUUAGCCCAACCUCACGCUCACCCACCCACCCUGUCAGCCUGACCCUCACAACCUCACCCACUGUGCCAACAACAAACACACUCUCCACUCCUGCCACCUCCUCAACACAUCAUGUGCACAUAGGAAAGGCCUCCAAUGCUGUCACACAUUAUAUUCACAUCGGAAGCAGUAGUGCGGGUCAUAACACAAGUGCACCUCAGCAGACGACAGUUGCCCUCGACCCUUCUACGAUGUCGAACGUGUACAAAAUAUCAGCGGGCGGUUUCUCCCCAAGGGGGGCAACUCCGCAGUAUGUAACAACGAUGACGUCAUCAAUCCUGCCCAUCAGUGUUGUAAACCCCUCAGUAAUGUACGGACCCAUGCAGCUGACAAGUAUAUCAAAAGGUGCUAUGCAAGGUUCUGUUCGAAUACGGGAGAGCAGCAGUAGUGCGGAGAGAAGAAAGCUGGGACAGCUGAAGUACUCUCACUCGUUGGACAGCUCAUUGAUGGAUGAGCAGCUUCUCCAUCUCAGCCAGACUUCCCCCCAACUCACACAAACUAGUCCUACAUCCAUACUGGGGACCACGACAGCCAUGGUGGCACCCCCCCUCAUGUCAUCCAACCGUACCAUCAGCCGUGCGGACUCCAGAAUCACCCUCAACAUGCCCACUGCGACCCCUUCCUUCCAGCCUGUUGAGAACAGGUCACCAACAGAACCUGUCAACAAACCACCACUUCCCUCUCAACAGGACCAACAGGCACAGGGUAAUUCCCCAGUCAAGAGACAGGCUGUUCGGCCCGUCAGGAGCGGGAAGAACCGCAGCACUUCCCACAGUCCAUCUGGAAACAAGGGGCGCAGGAAUGCCAGCGGCUCCGACAGUGACAUGGAGAGGAAGAGACCAAAACGGAGGGGCAAACUCCUUCGAAGGAAAGCAAGAGGCAAGAAAAUGUCAGAUGUCCCAGUGCAGGCAGAUCAGGAGUCCAUACCAGUAGCGGGUACAGCCAUCCAGCUAGAUGGCAAUAAGGGGAAGGGCAUGUCUGAUGCACCAGUGCAGGUGGACCCAGCUUCCAUUCCAAUAGAGGGCGCUGCUGUACACCUGCUGCCACAACAGGAGAAGCUGUCACCACGAAUGUUGUAUCGUGCGAGGUCGUCGACCUUAACUCCAUCAAGGGCCCGUCCCGAGGGAAGAGCAAUGCCUACUGGAUCGACUUCUGAUGUCCCAUCAGUGGUGGAGACUCCCCUUCCUGUAGCACCAAUGGAUGAUGAUGAUAGUGCUUCAGGUUCACCAGUGUUUAGGAAGAGAUCUGCUCUCCAGAGGGAGGGUUUUAGCCAGAUGAAACAGCCUUCAACACAUCUUCCUGUUAGUUCUCAUGGAGAGGAAUGAUUUCACAUAUUACAGUUACUGUUAGUAUUGUUGGGAUGGUUUUACUUUGUGGUAGGAAGAAAAUGGAGGUUUUCAUGGUGCUUUAAAUUCGUAGUUAAAACAAUUUUCAAGUACAGUGAUGCAAGGGAGAUAUUAAGGUGUGCCGAUUUGAUAUGAAAGCAUUAGUGAAAAAAGAAUAUCACCAUGAAAGUUUCAGGAUUGACAGGAAGUGUUUGCCAGAUCACAAGGAGCCUGCAGGUACUUUUUGAUAUCAACCUUUCCAAGGGAGGGUGUUAGCUGCAUGGAGUGGCCUUUGAUGUCAGUCUCUGCUCACUUAAGCAAUGUAUGUGGUUCAAGUACAUAAAAAUUGGCAUAUUUAUCUUAACUGGGAGAUAUUAAGAUCUUUUUAUCAAUUGGACGAUGGUUUUGAAGUCAUUUUGUAGGCAGCUUUAGUCUUGAAAUUGUUCAAAAUUUUGUUUAAGUUUAUCAGAUAUAAUAUGAUUUGACAUUCCAAGAAUGUUUUGAUACAUUUUACCAGGUAAUGUGAGAAUAGUCUACUUAUAACAGCAUUAUGGCCUGUUUUAAGUGCUGUGAUGAUUUUAGAAUGAUUUGCACUCACUUGUUAUUAUUUGUCAAUGAGUGGUAAUAUAUAGCUUCAAAGUGAAAUAAUGAUAUGUCUUUUCAUAUCAUCCAGUGCACAAGUAUAUGUAUAUGGAGCACAAAAUCCUUGAAGGACGUUGUAAAAAGUUUGUUGUGCCUUUGUCUAGUGUCCAUUGUUACUGUUUUGUGUGAUGUGACUAUAACUUAUAAGGUGUUGCUCUGCUGUGACAUUUCAGUACAAAGUUACUGCAAAUACUGUUUCCUUAGUCCAAACUUACAUUGUAUUUUAGUCUUAACUUCACAUGAAUGUGACUAAAUGAUUGUGUUAGAUGAUUCAAUGACAGAGAACGUGUUAGAUUAGGAGAAUUUUCAUUGAUAGUCAAUAUGACUUUGAAUUUUAAAAAUUGACAGUAAUUUAAGUUUGAAACUAGCCCUUUCCCUUUUAUAUGUUUAUGGGCUUUGUGUCUCCACACUUCCAUACUUAGAUUUCAUGAAAUGGAAUAUGGACCAAUUUCUAAAAUAUGUGUAUGGGUCAACUAUCAAUUUGCUUGCUUGCUAAUAAGGCAAGUCCUGACCAAUGUAAUUGGCUGUCCUAGUGCAGUCUUUUGACAACGAGUUAUUAAAAUAUGUAAUUUUCCCUUCAAGAACAGAUGACAUCAUAUUCCGUACCAACUAUCUUUUUCUUCCUAUAGGCAGCUGCAUGUAGUAUGUUUAAAAGUUAAAUAUUUUUGCAACGAUAGCAACAAUGUACAUGUAUAUUUUUAUGUUUUAUAUUUAUCCUUUUGUCAUACUCAUAUCAGUUCUAAACUGUGAACAUUGAAAUCAUUUUUUGAUUAGUAAUAAUUUUUAAUGACUAACCAGUCUUAGAGGUAAGGUACUGUUACAGAAACUUCCUUGCUUGUUUACAUUGACAUAAAUCAUAAUAUGUUGAUUUGUUACUUUUAAAAGUAACAGUGCCAUGUACUUGUGUAUUCCCUGUCUGUCAGAAUUUCCAUGUGGAGACUUCAAGAGGUGCACAUUGUAAGUCUGUAAUACUUCUUUUCAUGAUCCAAAGAAAUUUGGGUGUAACAAAAAUAGUUUGUACUUAAAAAAAAGAAUCUAUUUAUGCUGUUACAUUAGGUAUUGUUUAUCUAUGCAUUAUUGUUAGAGAUACUUCUUAACACUUUACAUUACAUUUAAGUUUGACUGCUAGUGGACACAGUUACCACUGUAAGGUUGAUCCAUGCCAUAAUGUAAUGGUGCGUUAGAGUCAGAGGAUACUGUAUUACAAUGUCCUGUGUCCAAUUUGUGGAAAAGUCCAACUACCAUGUAGCAGUUAAUGAUACUGUGGUUGCAGUUGAUGUUUUAUGUUUUGAAGUGGACAAAAAUAUAUUAUCUUCCAAGAAA